AUGCCGAAGGAUUUCGAAAAAGUGAGGCAAUAUGUCCUUUUUGAGCCCCGUUUGCUAACUUUUGAGCUUGUAGCAUCCAGUGAUCAAAUUUUUUGGAGGCUGAAGCAAAGACGGAGUCCAAGAAGCGUUUUGCUUCACAGAUCUGUGAUGGCAGUUUCAUUUCUCAAAUAUGGAAGCCUGUUUUUUCCUGAAACGGGGAGCAUUUAUGAUCAGGGAUUGGGUGCAAGACGUUACUUUGCUGUGAAUGUGCCUUUACAGCAGGGUAUUGACGAUGAUGUGUUUCGCCUAAUUAUAGGACAAUUGGUGGAAAGCUUCCAACCGGAGGCUAUAGUCUUGCAGUGCGGAGCAGAUUCUCUUGGCUUUGAUCGACUCCACAACAACGCCUCAGAGCGGACAGCAAAUAUAGUUUAUACAAUCAAGUAG